CAGAUAGCGAGGAGCAACCUGGAAUCCGGCGAGCGGCGGGCGUUGGCACUCCGUCGCAGCAUUAGCUCGAUGCGGCGACAAGCGGCGGGCAGCCUGAUCAGGCGAAGAGCGGCGGCGUGAUUGGAGAGCAGGCGCGACCGGAACAGACCCAUGGAGGUUGUGACGGGGGCACUGCUGAGCCUCCUCCCUAAGCUCGGCGAUUUGCUCGUUGGCGAGUACAAGCUGCAGAAGGGGGUGAAGGGGGAGAUCAUGUUCCUUCAAGCCGAGCUCGAGAGCAUGAAGGCUGCCCUCGAGAAGCUCUCGGAGGCACCAGCAGACUGGCUUGACAGGCAGGACAAGAUUUGGGCCAGGGAUGUGCGAGAGCUGUCCUACGAUAUAGAAGACAGUAUCGACACAUUCAUGGUUCGUGGCAGGGGAAAUGAGCAGGCCAAGGGCUUCAAGAAGUACAUUGAUAGAAGCCUUGAUUUGUUGACACGGUUUAAGUUCCGCCAUAAGAUUGCUACUGAGAUCAGAGGCAUCAAGGGCCGCGUCAUAGAGGUGUGCGAUCGGCGUGAGAGGUACAAGAUCGACAGUGUUGUUGCUCAGGGGGUCAAGACAACUGUUGAUCCUCGUUUAUUGGGUCAGUACACAAAGGAGACAGAGCUUGUUGGCAUUGAUGAGGCAAGAGAUGAGGUAAGCAAGAUUCUGGUGGAAGGGAAUGAAGAAGUAUCAGACAAGAUAGUUUCUAUAGUUGGAUUCGGAGGCCUGGGAAAAGACAACUCUUGCUAAUGUGGUGUACCAAAAGCUUAGAGCACAAUUCGAUUGCUCUGCUUUUGUUUCAGUAUCUCUCAGUGUGCAGAUGGCACAAUUUUAUUUACGGAUUAUAAUUUGGAUCAAGCCAUAAACAAAUUAUUCAUUUGCUAUCUUAGCCAUUA